GACUGCCUUACUCAAUUCACCCUUCAUAUUUAUCGCGCGUUUACGACAAUUUAAGCGAAACACAAUUUAUUCGUGUCACGAAUUUUAUACAAGGCGGAGACAUCGUCCCGCAACUCUUCGCAGCCGUUAUGGCAGACGCCGAUCCUUUGAAGGUGGGAUCUACUGAUCCAAACGAAAAAGCACUGCUAUCAAAAUCGCUUGCUCCGAGUUACGAUGCCAUGGAAGUGGCGGACGCAUUAUAUCCGGCGCUAAAGCUUGAGGAUUCGGGCAAAAGAAACUGGUUGUCGCAAGCUCAGCAGCGGACUCAAGCCCUCGCCAGUCUCGAGUCUCUGUGUAACAGUUAUUGCGCGAAAGAACAUAAAUCAGUAUUCCCCCUUGCCAGCUUUUGUCAGCUUUUCUCGCAAGAGAAUGUGCUGCAAGUCCUGUUCAGUUUAUUCGAUCACCAAUCCAAAGGUCAACUUGUACUCUCCGAUUUUAUCGAAAGUCUCAAGGAGAAACUCGGAGCCGAAGGAACUGAAUUCGUCGAUCUGCUGGAUACACUUUGGUACGUCUUUACUAAUGAAACCGAUGCGGGUUUCGAAACUUUUUGCCGCAUAUUCAAGUCAAAGGGGGUUUUAAUCAAACUUUAUACACUAAUCGACAAGAACAAGGCGGGUCAAGUGUCGGUAAACCAACUGACGGCUUUCUUCACCGAAUGCACUUCACAAAAUGAGUAUCGCGGCUCGGACAUAUGUGACCCACGACGUGCGGAAGCAUUAUUUCGAUCCAUUGCCAAAGACGACAGCCAGAUGCUCGAAUUUGAAGAUUUUAAAAAACUGAUACCAUCCAAAAACCCUUUUUUUGCCAAGCGCGUCUUCUGCAUUUUCGACAAGAGCGGAAGCAAUAGCAUUUCUUUGGCUGAAUUCCGUGAAGGAAUGCAACAGUUUUGUGGCAAAUCCGACGAAGAUAAGGUCCGCUGUCUCUUCCAAAUCUACGACGAAGAUGGGGAUGGCAUGAUCAAGCUCAGCGAAUUGAAAGCAGUUCUUAAAGCCUGCGUUGAAGAGAACGGAAUGAAAUUCAGCGAAAUGCAACUCGACGAGCUCACGAUAGCUCUGUACGAUGACGCACGGGAUUCCAGCGACGAUGUCAAUAGGGCUAGUGCAAAAGGACUGAGUUUCGACGAACUGAAAACUCAGAUGACUAAACACCCCGGACUACUUGAAAAUCUUUCCAUCAGCUUGGACCGCUUGCUUCAACCGAACGCCGAAAAGAAGAUUCAAAGUCAAUCAGUCUUCCAGUCAUUUAGUUCUUACGCCAAGAAUAACGUACCUUUCAUCACCUUCGUCCUUGCUUACGCAAUCGUCAAUAUUGGCUUGAUUGUUAGUCGGGGAAUUCAAUACAAAGACGAAAAUGUCUUCUAUAUUCUUGCAAGAUGUAGUGGACAAGCGUUGAAUUUCAACUGUGCCUUCAUUUUGGUUCUGAUGCUCCGUCACUGUAUCACGCUGUUGAGGCAGAUCGGUUGUGGUUACUUCCUGCCUCUAGACCUGCACGUCUAUCUGCACAAAGUUUGCGGUGGUGUUGUCGUUGUAUUGAGUGCAGUCCACACUUUGAUGCACAUAAUUAAUUUUCCUCUAAAUAUUGCUGAUAAUGUGGAGUCACCAGUAACAAAAGAAACUCAUUCCGCUAUAGAGUGGCUUUUUACAACUGAGCCGGGUCUCUUUGGACUUAUUCCCGGAUGGGCCAAUUUAACCGGAUGGGCUCUUGUUGGUAUUCUGACUAUCAUGGGUUUAUGCUCGCUUCCCUGCGUUCGCAAAAGUGGUUCCUUUGAGGUGUUUUACUGGACCCACUUGCUUUACAUUCCUUUUUGGGUUCUUCUGAUUCUCCACGGCCCCAAUUUCUGGUACUGGUUCAUCGGACCCGGAAUCUUAUUUUUUAUUGAGGGAACUGGUCGAUUUCGACUCCGGGUGACUGGCAAGGGUCGCACCUUCAUCAGUUCUGCUUUGCUCUUGCCGUCUCGCGUUACCCACCUAGUCAUUCGCAAGCCGGAGAAUUUCAAUUUUAAUCCCGGAGACUAUGUGUUCGUUAAGAUUCCCGCCAUCACUGCAUCCGAGUGGCAUCCAUUCACAAUCAGCAGCGCUCCGGAACUUCCAGAUGUCAUGUGGCUACACAUACGUUGUGCCGGAGGUUGGACAAACAAGUUGUACGACUACUUUGAACGAGAGCAAGCCAAGCUGUGUCUCAAGCAAUCUGCACAGAAUCAACAACACAAUGGCGGCGGUGAACCAGCCUGUCGUCAUUGCCAGCGCAUUCUCGAAAAUGACGCAUCUUUUUCCACGCAAAAUAUCAUGAAGGGAGUUCGAAGGCUUACUCGGACCUUUUCCAACAAAAAUCCUGUUGAUAAAUACGAUCAACUAGAAUCGUGUCGCAUGACUCUCAGACCGUUGAAGAACAGCGACCAGUUGAACGGUGCUCAUGACGAUCCUUCAUCGAGCAUUACUUUCAACCGAGCACAACCACCAGCGCUCAACAGAGAUCAGUACGACGAAGGAAUUUUGCGCGACAAGCAACACCAUCGAUAUCCCCACCACCAUCAGCAGCCUCGUGCGAUGAGCAUCCUCGUUCCCAUCGAGGAAACGCCCGGCAAAUCUAAGACUGGAUCAGAAGUCAGAAAGCGAGUGACGCCGCGUGCUUCGUACGCUCCCGAAAGUAUGCAGAAGAAGCCGGCCCAAAUCACUUCGCGGAAUGAGAAUAAGAGCGCACAACAACCGAAUAGCGAAAAACCUCAUUCGGUGGAAGGCGUGCACAUCUAUUAUCCACUAGAAAUCGCAAUUGAUGGCCCUUACGGAACUCCUUCCAGUCACAUCUUCCGCGCUCAGCAUGCCGUUCUCGUGGCGGCCGGAAUAGGUGUCACACCGUUCGCCAGUAUUCUGCAAUCAAUUAUGUACCGCUACUACGUUAGUCGGCAAUCUUGCCCCAGGUGUCACCAUUCAUGGGUAUCCCAAAUGCCCGAUUCCAUUAUGAAUCUGAAAAAGGUUGACUUUUUCUGGAUCAACCGCGAACAACGCAGUUUUGAGUGGUUCGUCGAGGUGCUGUCGCAACUGGAAAUGGAGCAAGCUGAAAUGGGUAGCGCCCUGGGCCGAUUUCUCGAUUUGCACAUGUACAUCACAAGUGCACUGAAGAAGACCGAUUUAAAAGCUGUUGGACUGCAAAUGGCUCUCGAUUUAAUUCACGCUAAGGACAAACGUGAUUUGGUGACGGGAUUGAAAACUCGCACCAACGCUGGCCGACCCAACUGGGACAAAAUCUUUCAGAAAUUAGUUGACGAAGAUAAGGGGAAGGUAACGGUGUUCUACUGCGGCCCUCCGCAAUUGGCCAAGGAACUGAGAAAGAAAUGCAACGAAUUCGGCUUCGGUUUCAGCAAAGAAAUUUUCUAACCGAAACCCACAACUUAUUACUUUUAUCAGUGCGGUAUUCCUCAAUUUUUACCCUUCUUUCAAAAGUCUGCUUAAUAACUUUCCGAACUUACUUUAAGACUUCCUUGUGUGGGUAGUAAAAGUAUGUGAGCGCAACGACCUUAUUACUUUGAGCUUGUUAUUUUUUGUUUUUCCGCAUUGCUUAUAUUCACACAAAAAAAUGUUUGCAGUGAAGAAGCGAAAGCUUAUAUGUUUGGCCUAGAGCUAAUAAUAAAGAUUUUAACUAUA